CUUAGUACACGAUGACAUAAAGUGUCAUUUUGCUACUACAUUGUUACAAAAAUUGUUUUAUAUUUUCUUGUAUCUUUUUUUAAAUUUACAACAAAGGCAGCAAAAAUGAAAUCUAACAAGUAUAGGAAAAUUCUCAGCGCUCCUUCCCCUAGUAGAACCCGACCGAGUUCAAGUUCUUCUUGUUCUUCGAAAUUGAACUUUAUCAACGAUCAUUUUGAGUCCAGAAAAACAAUUAUUAAAGAAAAACAAGUAAACGAAGCUAGCGAAAUUAGCAAGCAGGUGCUAGAGCUUUAUAAUAUGCACCACCGAAAAUUUCAAAAUGAAUUAGUGGAAAACUAUGAUCAAUAUAUCAGAUCAAAAACCGCUCUGGACCAAAUUGAAAGAGAAUCAACGCGGUGCGAAAGAGUUAUCGAGGAGCCGAAUCUAUCAUGUUCCGCUCCAUCGAGUACUCUGGAGCAAGCGGUAGCCAAAGUGUUUUCCGAAACGGAUCAACUAAAUUCGGGCAAACUCAGUGAGGGUUGUCCACUGUGCGAAAGUCGGCAGCCCGCGGACGUGCCUUUGGAAGAACUCUUAGAGGGAAAGUGUGCUGAACUAAGUGAGUUAAACGAAACAAUGAAGCAGCUCGAAGAGAAGUGUUGCUGUCUAGAAACGGAAUUUGCGAUAAAACAGAAGUGCAUAAGUGCACUAGAAGAUGAACUAACGGCCAAGGCUGAGAUGAUUGAAACAGUAAAUGCGGUAAACGGGGAACGAAUAACUCGAUCAAACUAAUAAAAUUUCUACAG